GGAGGCACAUCACUUGGGUUUGUCGAGCCCCUUUCAGCACAGUGAGACAACUACAGCAGAUCUUUGAACACCAUGUGGAAGGCAGCACUCUUAACCCUGUGUCUCUUGGUGGCAUUGGUAGACAGGGUGCAGCCAAAUGAAGGCCAUUCCUCUUUCUACGGAAUGAAGCUGUGUGGAAGAGAAUUUAUACGUGCUGUCAUUUUUACCUGUGGGGGUUCUCGCUGGAGGAGAAGCAUUGGAGACUCAGCUCUUAUUGGAGACGAGGCUUUUGACCAAUGGAAUGUAAAUCAUUUCCCUCACAUGGCCAGUGAGCAGGAUCCUGCGCAAUCCAACGUAUGGAAGGAUCAGUCAUUUGAUGUUGCAUCUGUGGCUGCUGGAUUCAGCCGCUCGGCUCGCUCACCAAUCUCGGAGGAGGUCCUGGAGGCUCUUCGAAGUGCAGAUAGGAAAGGACGGGAUGUAGUGCUGGGACUGUCCAAUGCCUGCUGCAAGUGGGGCUGCAGCAAGAGUGAAAUAAGCUCCUUGUGCUAAACAUUGUCCACUCCCUCAUGCAGCACUCUACUUUUUUACAUCAAGGUCAUAAAUUGUGAGACUAUAUGUUUUUUCGACAAA